AUGGACGAACAAACUGCCCAGUUUCUGCGGGCGCUUUCAAGACUCUGUGGAUGGAUAUACACUCUUUCCUGGAGUGCUUCAUUCUAUCCGCAGCCAUUGCUCAACUGGAAGCGCAAGUCUACGCAUGGUCUAGCCAUUGAUUUUCCUCUGCUCAACGUCGUGGGCUUCACCAGCUACACCAUCUCGACUGCUUGCUUUCUCACCUCUAGGGUUGUCAGAGAACAGUAUGCAGCCCGACACCAUGGUCUGGAACCGACCGUCAGGCUCAACGACCUUGUGUUCGGGGUCCAUGCGAUCAUUCUUGUGACCUUGACCUAUACACAGUUCUACCCUAUGCUAUGGCGCUUCCAGGUCUCCUGGCGUCAGCGAGCUAGUGCACCUGUCGUAGGACUAUGCUGGGGCUGCUUUCUGUCGGUCAUAGUGGUCAUGCUGCUGAUCUGGUAUCGAAACGGCUUCGGCCAUCAGCAGGCACUGGACUGGGCCUGGAUCGACAUCCUGUAUACCCUUGGUUACAUCAAGCUCGUCGUUACCUUUGUCAAAUAUAUCCCGCAAGCAUUCGUCAACUUCAAACGAAAGUCGACAGAAGGGUGGUCGAUAUAUCAAAUCCUCUUCGACCUGACAGGCGGUGUGCUCAGCAUGGUCCAAUUGGUGAUCGAUGCCAGCUUUCAGAGCGACUGGAGUGGUAUCACCGGCAACCCUUUGAAGUUUGGUCUCAGUGUGGUGUCCACGGCGUUUGAUCUGCUUUUCAUGGUGCAGCAUUAUCUCUUGUACCGCUCACCCGUCGGCCAGGUGAAGGAUUCCGAGCAUGAGCCACUCUUGGCAGAGCCCGGCCAGGUUACGUGA